AUGGAAUUGGAAGGACUCUAUACAAAUACAAAUUCUUGGCAAUAUAUUUAAUAAUUUGCAGAAUCUUCUCAGAAAUAUUUACUUGAUUCUAUUUAUUUGAUUUAUAUUUUAAUAGGAGUAACAUCAUUAUUUGUUGGGAUUUAAAUUGGGUAUUUUGAUUUUUUAAAUAUUUAGAAAAUCAGAUGUAUUAAUUUCCAAGAAAUAAAGAUAGAAAAUAGAGUAAUAUAAGAACUUGAGAGAAUAAAAGGAAAAAUCUAAAGAAUAUUUGUUAAAAGAAUAAUAAAAGUUAAGCAGAUUUUCUAUUAUAUUUUAUUUCCUAAUAGUUAUAGCCAACAUAAGCAUAAACUAUAUUGAAAUACAAAUAGUAAGAUUCGAAAUUCAGAUUGCCAUUAGUAUUGGUUUAAUUCUUCUUACAGAAGGAUAUAAAAAAUAUGAAAAAUAUAGAUUAAGCUCAAUUAAACAUAAUUUAGAGUAAACUGCAAAAGAAACAAAGCAAAUAAUUCUAGAUAUUCAAAAAGUAAUUAUUUAAUAUAUUAUUAAAGAAUUUAGGAGAUGACAUACUAACACUAAUAAAAAAUUAAUUUAGUCUUCAACAAGGUGAUUAUAUAAAAUAAAAGAUUGCUGCUACAGAGGUUUAAUUGUAAAGUCAAUUUGAAUAAAAGUAUAAAGAUUAGAUUGAGGAAUUAAAGAAAAAAAUUAGAACCCUAGAAGAUAAGGAAUUUUAAUAAAAGCAAGAACUUCAUAAUUUUAAAAGAAAUACUUAAAGUCAUAAAACAGAGCCUAUUUUAAAAUAAAAUCAGAAUCUAAAUGAUGAUGGCAUUUCACUUUUAAAGAAAUAGAUUGUACAUUUAUAAAAAGAAGGGUAAAUAUAAAAGGAUAUGAUUUCAAAAGUGAUCAAUUUUGAAUGGUGUUAAGAUUGUAUAGCAAUGAAAGUACAUUGCAUAGAAGCAUAUUUUUAAUAAGCUAAAACUAUAGGUGAUGAAUAUUAAUAGAAAUUGGAAUAAUUAGAGAAGGAUAAUUGA